ACACUCGACCUACCUAACUCUCCCCUAAACAACCAUAGUUUCUCAACCAUUCUCCAGCACAAACACGAAUUUACAAGCGACUUCUGGAGAAAAAUGGAAGAAGUUGCAGUGGUGGAGAACAAGAAAGUUAUACUAAAGAACUACGUAGAUGGCAUUCCUACAGAAACAGACAUGGAACUGAAGAUGGGAGACACAAUUGAGCUCAAGGCACCAAAAGGAUCCUCUUCUUUCCUCGUCAAAAAUCUCUACUUGUCCUGCGAUCCUUACAUGAGAAGUCGUAUGCGCGAUUUUCACGGCUCCUACCUCCCUCCUUUUCUUCCUGGUCAACGUAUUGAAGGGUUUGGUGUAGCAAGGGUGAUAGAUUCUGAUGAUCCUAAUUACACGCCCGGGGAGUUAAUCUGCGGGAUUACUGGUUGGGAAGAAUACAGUUUGCUUCGUAACUCAAAUGAGCUACAGUUGAGAAAGAUUCAGCUGGACGAUGCCAUUCCCCUUUCUUAUCAUCUUGGCCUUCUUGGAAUGGCUGGAUUUACAGCGUAUGCAGGGUUCUAUGAGAUAUGCUCUCCGAAAAAAGGGGAGAGUGUUUUUGUGUCUGCAGCUUCAGGAGCAGUAGGACAACUUGUUGGUCAGCUAGCUAAGUUGAACGGCUGCUACGUUGUUGGGAGUGCUGGUAGUAAACAAAAGGUUGAUCUUCUUAAAAACAAGCUUGGGUUUGAUGAAGCAUUUAACUACAAGGAAGAGGCUGAUCUUGAUGCUGCUUUGAAGAGGUAUUUCCCGGAGGGGAUCAAUAUCUACUUUGACAACGUGGGUGGAUCCAUGCUUGAUGCAGCGCUCCUGAACAUGAAGGUCCAUGGUAGAAUCGCGCUCUGUGGAAUGGUGUCUUUACAAAGCCUCUCAAGCUCAUCACAAGGAAUCAACAACCUGUACAACGCGAUCCCCAAACGACUAAGAUUAGAAGGGUUCUUGCAAAGCGAUCAUGUCCAUAUUUUCCCCCAGUUCCUUGAACAUGUCAAAGAAUAUUACAAGGAAGGGAAGAUUGUGUACAUCGAAGAUAUGUCAGAAGGCCUCGAGCUUGCUCCCGCUGCACUUGUUGGGUUGUUUUCUGGGAAAAAUGUUGGUAAACAGGUCGUUCGGGUUGCUAAUGAGUGAUUAUUUUUGAAAGUGCUACGAUCAGAACAGACAUUUCAGUGCUUUUUUCAAAAAAAAAAAGUAUAUUGCAGUGCUACGAUCAGAACAAACAUUUCAUGAAUAAAGCGGUUUUGUGCCUAA